AAAGCUGCGUCCUCCUGGUGCGGCAGAGGCUGCUGGGACCAGCAAGGAGCGUCUCUUUCCAGGGACGCCCAGCCGGGGCGGAGGAGCUCCAGGGAGACCAGUCCUGCUGCGCUCCUACGCGGCGGGGGGGGGGCGCUUGUGGAUGCCGCCCGUGCCCACCCACCCCCGACUACUCGGUCCCCCCAGGCAGCCACGCGCCGGCGAAGCCGGAGACCCACCUGCGGAGCCAGAUGCUCCUCGCUCCCGAGCUGCAGCAGCGGCAGCGGCAGGCACUUCUCGCAGCGAGAGCAGCGCAGCCGGCGGCUCCUUGCACUUUGGUCGCGGGGGCGGCUGCGCCGGAGAAGGAGGAGGAGGGCUUGUUUGGAGGAGGCCAGCUGAAGAGGACGCGCCCCUUUCCGAGAAGCGCGGCCGCCGACCCCCCAGCCCGGCCGUCUCCUCUGCCAGUGACUCUGCUCCUCGCUCGGCUCCCCUCGGCGCAGCGAGCCACGAGCCGGCCACCCCGAGGCUGCUGCCAGCCAGCCAGCGGCGCGGAGAAGUUCAGACAUCUGUUGGAAGACUGAGCCAUGAGUUCUCGGAAGUUUUUCGGCUCCAAAAAGGAGCCAGACAGCAUCCGCCAUGUCCCAGAGGAACCAGAACUUCGUGUUAUCCUUAUUGGGAAGACUGGAGGAGGGAGAAGCGCCACUGGAAACACCAUCCUGGGUGAAAAGGAGUUUGAGUCCAAACUUUCUCAAAAGCCAGCGACCCAGACUUGUAGCAAGAAGUUUCGGGCAAAGGAGUGGAAGGAGAAGCAAGUGGUUGUGGUUGACACUCCAGCCAUUUUUGACACCAACAUUAAAGACCCCCAGAAGUCCGAGGAGAUCCAGCAAUGCCUCCAUCUGGCCAGGCCAGGCCCCCACGCUCUGGUGUUUGUGACCCAGGUUGGUCGUUUCACAGAGGAAGACAGCGUGGCCCUGAAGCAGGUGGAGAAGAUCUUUGGCCAGGAGGCCACAAAGUACAUGGUCGUCUUAUUCACCCACAAAGAAGACUUGGAUGGGGAACGCCUGAAAGACUACAUAAAGCGGUCGAAGAACAAGCCCCUUCAGGACUUGGUCAGAAGGUGUGGGGGCCGUUGCUGUGCUUUCAACAACAAAGCGACAGGAGAGGAGCGGGACACCCAGGCUGAAGAGCUGCUCUCUCUGAUUGAGAAGAUGGUGCAGAUGAAUCAGGGGAAGCCGUACCUCACAGUACCUCCCAUGGAGAUGAAGGCCAAAGCAACAGAAAGGAAACCAAAGAAAGAGGAAAUGCCAAGAGGGUGGGAAAUGAAGGAUUGUGAGGAAAAGAAGAGAUCCGAGGAUGAACACACAUGUGCUGAAGAGCCUGAGGAUGUCAGCAGCUUCCCCAUGGAAUCAGAACGGUGUAUUGUCCUUGUUGGAAAGCCAGGAGGAGGGAGAAGCGCCACUGGAAACACCAUCCUGGGUGAAGAAAAGUUCAGGUCCAAACUGAGUUUAAAGCCAGUGACCCAGAUUUCCAGCAGGGAGGUCCGAGCAAAGGAGUGGAAGGAGAAGCGAGUGGUUGUGGUCGACACUCCAGCCAUUUUUGACGCCAGCAUUAAAGACCCCCAGAAGUCCCAGGAGAUCCAGCAUUGCCUCCAUCUGGCCAGGCCAGGCCCCCACGCUCUGGUGUUUGUGACCCAGGUUGGUCGUUUCACAGAGGAAGACAGCGUGGCCCUGAAGCAGGUGGAGAAGAUCUUUGGCCAGGAGGCCACAAAGUACAUGGUCGUCUUAUUCACCCGCAAAGAAGACUUGGAUGGAGAAUGCCUGGAGGACUUUAUAGAGGAGUCGAAGAACAAGCCCCUUCAGGACUUGGUCAGAAGGUGUGGGAGCCGUUGCUGUGCUUUCAACAACAAAGCGACAGGAGAGGAGUGGGACACCCAGGCUGAAGAGCUGCUCUCUCUGAUUGAGAAGAUGGUACAGGAGAAUCGGGAGAGGCCGUGUCUCAUGCUGCUUCCCAGGGAGAUGAAGGGGAAGGCAGCAGGAAGGAAACCAGAAGAAGAGGAAAUGGACACAGAAGAACUGCCAAGAAGGAAGGAGGCAAAGGAUCCUGAGAAAACCGAAAGACCAGAGGGGCAGUUCCAAAGCCAUUUCCAACACACUGAGAGGAAAUCCGGUGAACUGGAAUUUGAAAUGCGAGUAGAACCAGCGUCAGAGGCAACUGAAGAGACGUUUCUGAUGCUGUGACCACUCUCGAUAUCACUGGGUGUCCUCCAUGUAGCACUGCUCACAUAGCAUCUGAGAGCUGAAAGGGUCCAGGAGGACUUCUGCUCCUUCACCACCCCUGCCUAGUGCAGGGACCUGCUAUUGCAGGGCUGUGCACCUCCAGCCCUCCUGCAGAAUUUGGGGUACAAUUCCCACCCUAUCUGCUUACUGGCCACUAUGGAUGGGGGAUAUGGGAACUGUAGGCCAAAAGGAGCAGGAGGGCUGAAUCUGUGUGGCCUCUGUCAGGAAGAGCAUCCCUGGCAGAUGGCCUCUGUCCCCAGGCCUCUAGAGAAGGAGAGCUCCCCACUGCACAGGCAGACUGCUCCACUGUCGUGCAGCCAGGAGAUUUGCCCCGAUGACGUCUAGCUCCCAUGACCUGCUCCCUUUUAGCCUCCACCCACGGGCCCCAGCCCUGCCCUUGGGAGCAGCUGAGAACAAGCCUGCUUCUCCUCCUCCUCCUCCUCACCCUUUCUGAUACCUGCACUCAGGCUAAGCACACCCAGCUCCCUUCGGCAUUCCUCACAGGACCGUUUCUAACCCUUCACUACAUUUGUUGCCCUCCUCUGAACCCAUCCCCAUUGAUCAGUGUUCUCCUCAAAAUGCAGGCUUGGCCAGUGCCGAAGGGAGAGUGGAAUGAUGCCCCCUCGGGCCUGGGGCACCACAGCCUGAGAUUGCAUUUGCUUUUGGGCAGCUGGCUCAGGUUCCCGCUUGUUGACCACGAAGGGACCCAGGUGCUCCCUUGCACACAUCCUGCUGCCCACAUUUGUGCAUUUGAUUGUUCUUCCCCAAAGGGAGAACUUCCACAGUUGUCUCCGUUGUUCAUCAUGGGUCUCCCUAUCUGUCCGAAUCUUGACUCUGUCUUCUAGGGCAUUCAGUAUCCCCCUCCACAGCUUUGUGUUGAUAAGCAUCCCCUUGUUACCCCACCUGCUCACACCUGUGUAUGCUACUAUGAACGUACCCGUGCUUUUAGAUGGACUUGGGGGAAUUAGCCCAGAAACCAAACUUUCAAUGGUAUAUAACAAAAAUACUGCAACCUGAACACAUGCAAAUGUGAUGGCCAGAUGACCCUCGAGGAGGGUCAGACUCCGAGGGAAGGCUUUUGGGAGGAAAACAAUGUCGUUUAUUAAUAAACAGAAGUGCAAUGCAAAGGU